UCGAUUAUUUUGUUGGUUAUGAUAUGUUUACAUGAUCCUUUGUGCUUCACUUCUGGGAUUCUUGGUGUGAUGCUUCCAAGCAGAUGGAUCAAGUUUUCUCUCAUCUCGCUACCAAUUUUCCUCGAGCUCACUUUUUUAGGGUUCGUAGAAGCUGAGGAGAAUCCUGAAAUAUCUGAGGCUUACGCUGUCGCUGCUGUGCCGUAUUUCGUCUUCUUCAAGGGGGCAGAUCCAUCGAGUUUGGCCAACAAGGUUGGCGAAAUCGCCGGUUCAACUACUUCUUCUGAGCCUGCUUCUCCUGCAAGCCUAGGGUUAGCUGCAGGGCCAACGAUUCUCGAAACCGUGAAGGAGAAUGCGAAAGCCACCGCGAAAGACCGAGCUCAGCCUCUCUCCACCACCACGGAUGCUCUCAAAACCCGGCCGUUUGGAAAAGCUCAUCAACUCUCACCCUGUCAUGUUGUUCAUGAAAGGUACACCUGA